UAGAAGCGCUCGAUGACGCGAUUGUCCACAUUCGAAAGACGAGGGAAAAUCAAAUCGUAUUCCCCAGUCCCCACCGCUGUCUGUCUCUCGUAUUUUUUCUGUAAACCAUUAAUAACAGUACAUUGACUGACGUGGUCAGACGGGUGCCAAAAUGCAGCGGAUCAGCCGCCUGAAGCGGGAGCUGCAGUUGCUGGGCACCGAGCCGCCGCCUGGGGUGUCCUGCUGGCAGACGGAGCACGACGUGGGCGAGCUCAAAGCCGAAUUAGUGGGAGGGGUGAACACGCCAUAUGAGGGUGGUGUGUUUUCACUUGAGAUCAAGGUCCCAGAACGGUAUCCUUUUGAACCUCCCAAAAUUCGUUUUCUGACGCCAAUCUACCACCCUAAUAUUGACAAUGGUGGACGCAUCUGCCUUGAUGCUCUUAAGUUGCCGCCAAAGGGAGCGUGGAGACCGUCCCUGAACAUCUCCACCGUGCUGACUUCCAUCCAGCUUCUCAUGGCUGAACCCAACCCGGAUGACCCCCUCAUGGCCGACAUCUCUGCAGAAUACAAGUACAGCAGGCAGGUGUUCCUGGAGAAGGCCAAGAAGUGGACUUUGAAGCAUGCCAUGCAGCAGAAUCUGGGUGUGAAGGAGAUGGAUCAACCAGAUGCAGCGAGCAAGGUAUCUCGCAAGAGGGAGAUGCUUGGUCCAGAAGAACCACAGAAGAAGGUGAAGACCAGCCUGUAGAUUUACAUUUCUAUGUUUUCCUGUGUUGUUUCUCUGUCUAUAUGUAUGUACUACUGUCAAUAUCAAGCAAUAAUAAAUUUUAUCUUUUACUUAUUUACA